AUGUCGCGCAAAUAUGCCUUUUCCAGCCCUGCAAUUGUGUACCCAUCACCUACAUCUCCGGGAGUAGAGCCAUGCCUAUGGGAAGAUGCCAGGGCAACGGAAGUGGGCUUCUAUGGGCCCCCAGGGGCUUCCGAUGGACAUCUGUCUUCUUCUGCUGUAGUUCAGUACAUGCCGUCGCCGAGAGAAGAAUCAGCCGCCACCGCUGCCUCCUUCAAGACACGAGCAGACCCGCAAGAGCUGGUUGGAAUGUGCAGCUGCUUGGAUAGACUUGGUCUAAUCCAAAAGCAAUUGUACAAUCUGGAUCUAGAUUUUACCAUGUGGAGUUUCAAUUCGACGGUGGACCUCGUCACAACGUCUCUGUCAUCAUGCCAUAUUUUUCUCAAUUGCGUGGCGUGUCCGAAAGACGCUGGCAAUUUGCCACUUAUGCUGUCCUUGCUUGACCACACAUUCAAUGUCCUCAAUCAACUUUUAUUUCAUCGGACCAACCGGAACAGCCCUGGAUCUUGGGAUGGACAGCAAUACAAUUCGCCUAUUCCAUACGACUACGCACUCGCGCUCCAAGAUUGCAUACUUGAGCAGGCAGUGUCAACUUCAUUCCAGAUAGUCAUUUCACUCAGGGAAAUAGCCGAAAACGAGAUUGCAAAUCAUGGCAGCCAUCUCGACCAUAUCAACGAUGGCAUAUCGUCGUCAGAUUUCUCCUCUCCAGCUUCGGGAAUUGAACGUCCGGCCCGUGAACAGUAUAACUUCAAGGGGCUAAUCAUACCUGAAGGAGGUCAGCCUGAUUUUAACCAGACGCCGUUUCAGCAGCGAAUGCAUGAUUUCGAGUGCGCGCCCAUCAAGCCUAGUGGUUGGCUCAGUUCCGAGGAUGUAAACCAUUUCAUUGAAGUCAUUCGUCGCUACGAGACGAUCAUUGGUGACUUGCAAGCUUUGGUGGCACAUAACGCUUCUUCAGCUGCUGCCGUGGCACAGCCAGUUUUAGCUCCUGCGUCUUGGUCCAUUAGCAAUGUCUCUGACGCAUCAGCUACAGGUAAUGGGCUUUAUCAUUUCCAACCGCAGCAGCAGCAACAUCGAAAGUUUAGCUCUUAUGACGUGGUUGGGCUUUCGUGA